AUGUCUCGUCACGGUCGCGUCUCCCGACUCAACGUGUUGCAACAGGGCGGUUCUGUUCCACAACCACGGUCGUAUUCCUCCGUGUCCAAAGACGAGUCAAAACCAGCCGCUACCAAACGCCCACCAUUCAGGCUUCACCUUGAAGAGUCCCCUGGACUUUUGGCUACAAAGACCGACAGAGGCGAUCGGGAGCAGAACGAGGAUAGAUCCUCUUACGCGCUCCUCCAAGUGCCGUGCCCUGAGGAUCCCGAUACGACGCUUGAUGUGUAUUGGUUUGCCGUAUUUGAUGGCCACGGCGGUAGCGAAUGCUCCGAAUACCUUAAAUCCCACCUCCACACCCAUUUCUCCACCGUCACCUCCAUCGAUCUUCAGUCCACGCUAACCGAGCUCUCCACCUUUUACAACCGUCCAUUAUCCGUAACCCACCCCCCACCGCCCCACACCACCGAACAUUCCAAAUGGACAGACCCACUCACCCUGCAACAGCGCCUGUACGUCGCGUUCCUGAAAGCCGAGUUGGAGUUCUUCAAAACCCAUGACGGGAACGCGGAUAGCGUCGGCUCAACGGCCUCGGUGGUCGUCAUCCGCCCCAUCCAUCGGGACGAGACCACCUCCCCCCCAUCAUCGUCAACAGGAGCAACAGCCCGCACCCUCGACACCCAAACCAUCCAUCUGGACCUCCUCAUAGCGCAUCUCGGCGACUCCCGCAUCCUCCUCUGCGCCGGGGAUAAAGGCAUCGCGCACCCGCUGACGACCGCGCAUGUCCCAAGCGUGGAAUCGGAGAAGGCCAGGAUUACCCAGUUGGGCGGGUUUACAACUGCUGUGCCGGUGCCGACGAGUGAGGGGGAUGGACCGGGGGAUACGGAUUCUGCGCAUCAUCGAGCAAGGCGUGGGGAGGCCGUCAAGGAGUUUCCAUCGUCUACAACAACGUCGUGUUCCUCGUCCGAUUCUGCUGCAGACCAACCUGACCCAUCCUCCUCGUCAUCGCCCCCCGAACUCGUCCUAGGCGCCCUCGCGGUCUCCCGCUGCUUCGGCGACCUCAAAUUCAAGAAAUUCGGCGGAGUCAUCGCUGAACCGCAGAUUGUCAAACGCACAUUGGAUCACCGGCACAACGCGGCGUUCCUGUGUCUUGUUACGGAUGGCGUCAGUGGCGUCGCGUUUGAUCAGGAGAUUUGUGAUGUGGUCAAAAACGCACCUACACCAGCCCAAGCCUGCGACGCCGUCAUCAAACUCUCCGACUCGCUCGGGUCCACAGAUAACAAAACGGUCACCAUCGUGCGAUUGCCGGGCUGGAUGGGUCCUCCAACGAGCGCCUCCCAACCGUCCUCAUCCUCCUCUUCCACAUCAUCUGCAUCUACAACACCGUCGGCUCGGGAAUCGAUGAGCGGAACGACACCCGAACGGUCCUGGUGGUUCUGGCUCCGUAAACAUCACGUGCUGAUUUCCGAAGCUAUUCUGGGUCCCAAUACGCCGAUCUGA